AAUUAACUCUUUGAACCUAUUAUAUCCAACUACUUUAUCAUUUAGCCCUAUAAAUAGCGAAGAAUAUUCAAGUCUUUCUCACUGCAAUUUCACAGCAUUUCAAAUAUUCUUCUCCUAACCAAAAAUUUAAUUCCCCAUCAAACAAACAAACAAAAUGAAGCAAAAGGUUGUUAUUAGACUAUCUUUAAAUGGAAACGGUCAGAAACAUCGAACCAAGGCCUUUAAAAUUGCUGUUUCUCAAUCAGGCGUGGAAUCAGCAGCUAUAACAGGGGACGGAAAGAAUCAACUCGAAGUUGUGGGAGAAGUAGACGCUGCGACUCUAACGAGCUUAUUGAGGAAGAAUUUGGGCCAGGCGGACUUGGUCAGCGUUGGCCCGGCUAGUGGCGAUAAAAAGCCCGCAGCUACAGCUCCAGCUCCGGCUGCAGCUGCAGCUGCGGUGGUACAGUCGCAGCCCGACUCGUAUUACUAUGUUUAUCCGCCUUAUCAAUACCCUGUUUACCAAGUCACAGAUUCUUAUGGUCAAUCGAAUUGUUCUGUUAUGUGAAAAAGAGGGAUAUCCUAGAUAUAACAAAAUUGUAUUCACCGUCAAAUAUUUAUUAAUAUAUUAGAUUGGUAUUAAAGCUAUUGAAUUUAUGUGAAUCUAUGCGUGACAAAAUAAAUGAUACUGGGAGGUCUAAAUAAAGUAUCAUUUUAAGUUUUUUUUGUUUUGUUCGUUCAGAGAGCUUAAUGGACUAUUUAGUAGACGAA